AUGGCGAGUUACGAGGAGAUUUUUGCGAAGCAAAGCAAAUUAAUAAAUUCCAUUGCCAACGCCAUCACAAACUUCAAAAAGCUAGGUCAAACAAGGAUGACCUACGCUGCCGCAUCAAGCCGACUUGAACGAGUGAAGGAAGCAUUCCGAGAAGUUCGAGACCACGACGCCAAGCUCCAUGUCCUGGCCACUGAGGAGCAACGGAGCACCCACGCUUAUUUCAAGGAGAAGCAGUUCGACAGCUGCGAGAUUCAGAUGGACGCUGCCCUCGAUUAUUUCACGGAGAUGAUCACGCCGAUGACACACAAUUCAACGAUGGAUCUCUCUCACGCAAUGUCGCAACGUUUAGAUAAGACAACACGAAAGGCAUGGGAACUCAAAUUAGAACAAUCAAAAGAGCCUCCGUCGUAUUCUGACCUUCACGUGUUUUUAGAAUCACGGAUUCGCGCCUUUGAAGUUCUUGCGCCAAGAAAAGCGAGCAGUGCCACCGAUACUGCCGCGUCAAAGGCGAAAGCCGUGAAAUCAAUAUCCUCGCAUGCGACUUCAGUAAAAUUUCAAUGUUCCGUUUGCAAGGGAGAUCAUCCCUUGUAUCAAUGCUCACAAUUUUGGUCUUAUACUCCGGAGCGUCGAUUCGAAUUCAUAAAAACAAACAAACGAUGUUAUAAUUGCCUUGCCUCAAAUCACACUCUUAAGGAAUGUAAGAAUCCGUACCGUUGUCGUGAGUGCCGACAAAAACAUAAUACGCUCCUUCAUUUAGCGAAACCGGCGGAAUCACCGUGCGAGGAAACGGCGAAUGCGACAGAGCUUACCAAAAUAAAUACAGGCGACAGGACUGUUUCGCUUUCCAUUGCAAUGCCCGUUAGGACUAAACGAGCCGCUGUUCUAACAACCGCGCGUGUUCGCGUACAUUCCCCGCACGGUCGGUUUGCAGUCGCGCGGGCAUUAAUCGAUACAGGUUCGGUCGCUAACAUAAUAUCCGAAAAUCUAGCGCAACUCCUACGCCUUCCGAGAAUGAAGGACCGCGUCAAUGUCUCGGGCAUCGGCAAAAGGAAAUCCGCGGCGCAUCAUGCCGCAAAUGUGAUGAUUAGUCCGGCAACGAGCAUCGAGCCCGCGUACUCAAUUAACGCAAUUAUUUUGCUAUCAUUGUCGGAUUAUGCUCCCGUUAAGGUGCCGUCGAGUGCGCCAUUAACACACAUUCAAAACCUUCCGCUGGCCGAUACCGAUUUCUUAAGUUCCGAUCCCAUCGAGAUUGUCCUCGGUUCGGACAUUUACGCAGCGAUACUUCGGGACGGAAUAAAGAGGGGAGCUCCCGACGAACCGAUAGCCCAGAACACGUCGCUCGGAUUCUGGGAGAUCGAAGACCUUCCGUCUGGCCACUUCCCUACUCCGGAAGAGCAGCAAUGCGAACAACACUUCCUCUCUACGCACUACCGCGACAACGACGGCCGAUAUAUUGUUCGUCUCCCAUUCCGCGACGGUCCUCCACGCGACCUCGGAGAUUCUAAACGCUCGGCGCUCGCGAGCCUGCACCGUCUUGAGCGACGAUUCCAGCAGGAUCCCUCAACCGCAAAAGAGUAUUCCGCUUUCCUCGCGGAGUACGAGAAUUUAAACCAUAUGGAAAAAUUAACUCCUAACGACUUAACACAACGCGCUCCUCGGUAUUAUAUUCCACAUCAUGCCGUAAUUCGCGAAGACAGCGAUACAACACGACUUCGAGUUGUGUUUAAUGCCUCUUGUCGAACCGCGAACAAUAAAUCGUUAAAUGAUUCUCUUCUGAUCGGCGCGAAGCUACAAACCGAUUUACCCAACAUAAUUAUGCAAUGGCGGCAAUAUAAGUAUGUGCUUGCAGCCGACAUUGCAAAAAUGUAUAGACAGAUUCGAGUCGAUCCGCGCGAUGCUGAAUAUCAGUGCAUUCUGUGGCGGUCCUCCACCACAGCUCCCGUCGACACCUAUCAACUUCUCACCGUCACUUACGGUACUGCUGCCGCUCCCUUCCUCGCAAUUCGCGUGUUACAACAGCUGGCUCGCGACGAAGGAGCUCAAUUUCCGCUUGCCGUGCCAGUAAUCAAUCAUCAAACGUACGUCGACGAUUGCACGUUUGGUGCCGACGAGAUUAACCUCGCAAAAAACACACGGGAUCAAUUGAUUUCAUUGUUGUUAAAGGGUUGCUUUCGUUUACGUAAAUGGGCGAGUAAUUGCUCCGAGCUUCUCCGCGACCUUGAUCCGUCAGAUCAUGGAAUCGCUUGCGACAAAAGUUUGCAAGACGACGACACGAUUAAAAUACUCGGCAUCGCGUGGAAUCCGGACCGAGACGUGUUUACCUUCCAAGUGUCCACGACAAUUUCCAUAGCCACUACGAAAAGGGAAAUCUUGUCCGUUGUUUCCAAGCUUUUCGACCCACUCGGCUGGGUCGCGCCAGUAAUUAUUACCGCAAAGAUUUUCCUCCAACGAUUAUGGUCAAUCAAAUGUGAUUGGGACAACGCUGUCCCUUCUGACCUCGCUACCGAAUGGGAGAGAUUCCAGACUCGAUUACCAUUGAUAAAAAAGAUCGUCAUCCCGCGAUGGACGCAUCAUCACCCGAGUUGCAGCAAUAUAGAGCUACACGGGUUCGCCGACGCAUCAACAAAAGCUUAUGCCGCCGCCUUGUAUUUACGAGUCGUUUCGUCUGACGGAAAGAUCACAACUUCGUUAAUUAUCGCGAAGUCGAAAGUGGCUCCACUCAAGGUUAUUAGUGUGCCGCGUCUCGAGCUUUGCGCCACGCUCCUGUUAUCGCAACUCGUGGUGUUCGCCCAAUCGGCAUUACAUUUAUUACAAGUUACUUGUCGAUGUUGGACGGAUUCAAUGAUCGUCUUAGCUUGGCUUAGCGACACCCCGUCGCGAUGGAAAACGUUCGUCGCGAACCGGGUGUCCAAAAUCCAACAAUUACUUCCUGAAGUCAAAUGGAGACACGUACCCACCCACAAAAAUCCCGCAGAUUGCGCGUCCCGUGGCAUGGAUCCCGGAAAUCUCCAAAAUUAUUCUCUCUGGUGGACCGGUCCUGAAUGGCUCCAAAAUUCACACGAGAGCUGGCCAAACGGGCCGGCUCCAAAUGCCGAAAGCCAUGAUGCCGAGCGUCGAGCGUCCAUAACUGUGUGCGCAACUUGUCACCUCGAACCGUGGAAUCUCGACUCGCGAUUUUCGUCCUGGACAAGAUUGCUGCGAGUCACCGCGUAUAUACUACGCUUUAUCCAUAACUCGAAACCCGCGCGCGGGGGACGCGGUGCUCUCCCCGACGCCGCAUCAUCACACGACUCGAUUGCGCUACGCUCCGACGAGAUUAACGCCGCGAGAGUGUUCUGGCUCAGAUACAUUCAAGCGAAUUCGUUUCCUGACGAAUUGUUGAGGCUUCGGAAGAAUGAAUCUGUGUCAAAAUCGAGCCCAUUAGCGCCGCUCGUACCAUAUCUUGAUUCUGACGAUCUCUUGCGAGUUCGAGGACGCCUAGAAAAUUCAAAUCUUUCCGGUGACGCCAAACAUCCUAUUAUUCUGAAAGCCCACUCGCUCAUAGACCUAAUCAUUAACGACAUACAUACGAAAGCAUUCCAUGCCGGUCCGCAAUUGACUCUUGCGACUUUACGACAACAGUAUUGGCUGCUUCGCGCGCGAUCCACUGUUCGUUCUGUGCUCUACCGAUGCGUCUCUUGCACACGCGAGAAUGCGCGUGUUCCAGAGCAACUAAUGGGCGAGUUACCCGAUUUUCGCGUUAAUAAAACAUCGCGCCCCUUUAUACACACGGGCGUCGACUACGCGGGGCCGUUGCUAGUUCGAACUUCCAAGGGUCGUGGGUACAAAUCUCAUAAAGCUUAUAUUGCAGUGUUCAUUUGUAUGACCACAAAAGCCCUGCAUAUCGAACUCGUGUCCGAUUACUCUGCGGCUACCUUUUUAGCAGCGUAUCAACGUUUUAUAGCGCGCCGAGGAGCUCCAAGCUCCCUUUAUUCAGAUAACGGCACAACGUUCCACGGUGCUGAUCGGGAACUAACCGCCUCCUUCCAAGCUACCACGCGGGAUCCAAAUUUUCAAAAUUAUAUAGCUUGUGAAGGUGCAAAGUGGCAUUUUCUUCCACCGUCAGCACCACAUUUCGGUGGUCUUUGGGAAGCGGCGCAUUAUGGAGCGGCUAUUAGCAGAACAAGAAGACGUUCUCUAUCAGAUUGCGAGAACGGUCGACAACUUCAAGAAGUUGGGGCAAGGCAAUUUUACUACAUCCGUCACGCGGAACCGGAUGUCCAUUUUGGAGAAGCAGUGGACUCAGUGCCAAAAGCUACUGCGCACCUCAAGGCGGCAGUCAAGCCAGCGGAGCGAGAUGAAUGGCCGUAUUUCAGUGAGGAGCAAUUUCGGAAGGCGACAGAGGACUACUACGAAGCGUCUGACUAUCUGAGCGAAGUAUUAGAGAGGUUGACGAGACCUACCGCUCAUGUAACCGCAAGUAGUACUUUAGAUUUAAGCUCGGGCCAAGCUCAAUCCCGUUGCCGCGAAUAG